UGCAACGUAGUACGACUACUCGUUCAGCUGGUCUCAGCCUUCCACUUCAAAAGAUUAUCAGAUCCACUAGAAGGGCAAGGUGAUAACCCACUUUGACGUCAUAUCUACCACCACCACCUUUGAGAAAGCGAUCUCCUGAUAUCGUCAUCGAGCGAGGCGAGGCGGAGCCCACGGGGGAAUCAGCGAAGCGAUAACAAACACAAACAGACGAGAUCGAAAUCAAUAACAACCCCCCUGGACAACUCUCGAUAAUCGCAACCUCUCAAUCGAUACGUUCAUCGACAGUAUCAUCAUCCCCUAUACAAGCUACACACAGGUCAGAUCAGACAGGUGAAGCCUAUCGACCCCCUUACCAUGCAGAUCCCCUCGAUCCCGUUCCCGAGGCAAUUCAGCCAAGAUCCCGCCGCCUAUGUCAAAUCGAUGAAGGUCCAACCGGGCGCACCGUUGAGCGGGGAGGCAGACUUGUUGCCCGCCGAUGUCGCCAAUCGAUCCGAAAAAGACCUGAUAGGUCUGAUGGAUGCUCCGGCGAGGGCCGCGUUGAACAUGCCAAACGCCUUGACCUCGACAAAACAGGCCAGAGCACUCCGGCGGCGCCCGGAAGACGUCAUGACGCCUGAUUUCGAGCUCGUUCAAGGGAGAGAAGCACGGCCGGUUGGCAAUAGCUAUACCUCGUCGACAAACGUCCCGAACGGAUCGGCGGCCAACGUACCAUUGUUGGCCUUUGACUCAACCGAUGCGGCAGAGGAACAGGUCGGUGGAACGAAUGGGUUGGAUGGAUCGAACGAGGAUGGGUACUUUGGACGGACUGUGGCGGCGGCGACGGGGACGGCAUUGAACGCUUUCGGUUGGUCCUCCUCCAGAGGACCUUCGCGGAGUCCAUCCCCUUCGUCUGGUUGGAGGGAUAAUACCCUCCUGCGCAGAGUAUUCAUCGACCGUUCCGCCUCGCCCACCCAACACCUCUUACGACCGACUUUCCCCCCACCAUCCCUGUCGACCUACUCCCCGGCAUCGCCACGACCGCUAGGGCCCAUCGAAAAGGUCAAGCUGUUCUUCAUGCAGACCGUCUCGCUCGUCAUCUCGACAUUCUUUCUCUCCGGUGUCGUGCUCUGGGCAGUGAGCGUGGAAAGCAUCACCCAGAUCCCUCGCUUUCUGAAAGGCAAGUCGAAGAAGCAUAACUUUCCCUGGGACGACGAAAAAUACUGGACGCAGAACGACCAUACGAGCAGGAACCCGAGGGAUUACGCCAGGGCGAUCGGGAUGGAUAUCGAGGAUGAGACGGUCGAAACUGAAGACGGCUAUCAGUUGAGGGUUCACAAGGUCAUUGAUCCGGACGCGAGGAAACACUCGGAUGGCAAGGGCGGAUUCCCCGUGUUGAUCCUGCACGGACUCUUUCAGUCCUCCGGGUCGUUCAUCACGUCGGAAGAACGAUCCUUGGCUUUCUGGCUGGCGAAACAGGGAGGCUAUCAGGUCUAUCUCGGGAACGGAAGGGGCGUCUUUGGGAUGGGUCAUCGGAACCUCAACCGGUCCGACCCUAGGUUUUGGGACUGGACCAUCAGAGAACUGGCCAUGUACGACCUGCCCGCCAUGGUCGACCACGUACUCGCCCAGACCGGUUACUCCAAGCUCGCUUUCAUCGGACACUCGCAGGGCAACGGGUUGACCUUCAUCUCACUCUCCCUCGGCAUGUGCCCGGAUCUGGGAAGGAAGAUGUCGCUCUUUGUCGCCCUCGCCCCUGCGGUCUAUGCGGGACCUUUGACGCAAGGCUUCCCGUUCGCGCAACUGGGCAAGAUCGAAUGGCCGUUGUGGAAAAAGCUGUUUGGGGUACUGGAUUUCAUCCCGUUGAUGCGGUAUGCGGCAGAUUCGAACCUCAUUCCGGCCAAGGUCUUUGCCACGCUAGGCUAUACGAUGUUUGCGUUCCUCUUCUCGUGGACCGACACGCACUGGCUACCUCGACGUAAAGUCAAAAUGUUCCGAUUCACACCUACACCUGUCAGCUCGGCCGCCGUGUUCUGGUGGUGCGGCAAGGGCGGGUUCGCCGAACGGAAAUGCUUGUUGGACGACACCCUCGACCGAUGGUUCGACGAGCGGUUCCCGCCUUUGAGCAUUUAUUAUGGGGGCAAGGAUUACCUUGUCUUGACCGAGCCUCUCUUGGAACGGCUCGAGAAGAAGGAAAAUAUACACCCCAUCAGGGUGGAAAAGCUUGACGAGCUCGAGCAUUGCGAUUUUCAUUUCAGCAGUACGGCCGUGGAAGACGUCUUUUUUUCGCUUCGAGACUCGAUCAACCAGACUCGCCCUCGCUACCCAGAGGAGGUGGAAGAAGAACAGGCUCAGAAAUAGGCCAGCGCAUACGUAAAUUUAUAGAUGAGUACAUACAGACUUGCACGUUGUAAGCAGUGGCCCCUGGUAAGCUAUUAUAAUAUACCUACGAUAUCAUACACGAUGUACAACAUAGCAACAUGCGAUACACGGUACUUGAAUGCAUC